GUUUUCUGAAAUAUUUUUACAAGAACCGCAAACGUUUUGUUCAGGGAAACGCAGGGUUUGCAUGAAUAAUGGUGGUCGUGAUAUUCUGAAAAGGGUGAUGUUUGAAUAAGGUGCAUAUGGUCCUGCGCGUUCGUAUAAUAUAGCGUUCACAAUAAAACCCUGGGCAGCAGACCGUGAUAAUUCAUAUUUUUAUCAUGGUCUAACGUUUCAUAAUUUCCUAUUGUCAGGCUCAUGCCCUUUAUUACCUGCUGAGAAGCUAGCUAUGUGUACCAUCGAACCAUCGAUUCGCUAGUACUCGUAUAACAGUCUCCAAUAAAGUAACUUAAAAAAGGCAAUUCAACAUUUUCGAAAGAAGACGGCAGAACCCGAUAGCUCGGGCAGAGGUAUAUAGAGCAUGGAUUGUGGGCUACUUUGCUAGCAUAAUAUUCAUAGUUGACAGAUGGUGAUUGAUGAUGAUUCCGUCAAUUAUUGAUAUAUUGCUGAUCAGCCCAACAAAAUGAAAUCGAUACCACUAUUGCAUCUCGCGUUGGUAUUCCUCCUCCGAAUCGACCUUCAAGUUUCGUCAUCAACCCAUCAUCAUCAUGAAGAGGAAGAAUAUAACAUUGUUCAUGAUGGAGAGAGUACUGUUGCCAUAGAUACAAUAUUGGAGGAUGGGGUCUUCUCGACUGGUAGACAGGCUGUAAGCUCAUCAGCAACCCUUCCAAAACUUAAAUGGGACCCUAAUGGAUACAUAACAUUUUGUCCAUGCAUGGGAAGGUUUGGUAAUCAGGUUGAACAGUAUAUUGGAUCCUUGGUAUACGGCAAAGCGUUGGAUAGAACGAUAAUACUGCCACCUUUCCUCACUAAACAUGGGCCUGUCCCGUUCAGCAACUGGUUCCAAGUGGAACACCUUCGGGAUUUUUAUCCUCGUAUCAUCACCAUGGAAACGUUUAUGUCAGAACUGGCGCCAAUCUACUGGCCGGAAAAUAGAAGGGUCGGUUACUGCUGCAGUUUCCCCGGAAUGAAAACUUGUGGAUUGAUAAUCAAAGAACACAUAUCUGUCGGAUUGUGGAAUGCCUAUGACAUCACUUUUGUAGAUGAAUAUGCACUGCAUUGUAAUAAGGAUCAUGCCGAUAUCACAGAUGAAAACAACAUGGCUGCUAUCAAGGAUUGGGGUGUAAGAAAUUUACCGUCAGACAAGCACCCAGUUGUAUUGAUGACAUGGCCACCUGCCCCCUUCCCUAUGUUAGCAGGCAAUCGUAUCAUACAGAGAUAUUUCAAGUGGAACUUAACAAUAUUUGGCAUGGCACUACAUCACAUGGAUAACCUUUUCCAUGGUGAACCAUUUAUAGGUAUUCAUCUUAGAACAGGCCAAGAUUGGGAGAUAGGAUGCAGGAAAGUAGAAGGGAUGGGUAUCGGAAUGGCAUCAUAUCAGUGCCGUGACAUCACAAAGGACCCGGUUACCAUGGCAAUGUGUUAUCCUACCAAAGAGCUGAUACUUGAAGAAACCAGAGCGGCCGUGGAGAAGUUCAAGACGAGGCAUGUCUUCAUCGCUACUGAUAAACUAUCCUAUCAGACGGAACUACAAAAACUGUUUGGAGAUGAGGUCAAAGUUCAUCAUCUUGAUCCUGACAUACCCCAGAUUGACCUCAUUAUUCUUGGCCAAUCAGAUUUCUUCAUUGGUAAUUGUGUCUCAUCUUUUACAUCAUUCGUUAAGAGGGAAAGAGACGCCAACGGCAAACCUUCAUCCUUCUGGAGUUUUGGUCUUCAAGAAAUAUGAUGGAUUGCAUUCACUGCAUAUGACCAUGAUGACCACUGGCGGAUAGGGGGGGGGGGGGGAGCAAAGCCGGCCCGUGCCCCCCUUUUGAGAGGUACAAUUAAAAUUUGUAAAACAGAAGUGUGACCCCCCUUUUGGAAAUCCUGGAUCCGCUCCUGAUGACAGCUAGACUUGUCGUAAUUGAACAUGGACUUUUGAUGAUGUUGAGUUUUUAAAGAGAUGACUUAAAGGGGAAUCCAACCCAAAUAAAAACUUGUUUUUAUAAGAAAAAGAAAAAUCAGACAAGUUGAUAGGUGAAAGUUUGAACAAUAUUGGACAAACACCAAGAAAGUUAUGAAUUUUUAAAAGUGGUAAAUAUUAGUAAUCACUAUACUCAUGGAGACUUCAAAUUGGCCGCAUAUGGGAUGUCAUAGUGAUGUAAGGCAAGGACUACUCUUCCAUGUACUCCAAUACAUAUUAUGGCUAAAAUGUCAUUUUUCCCAAAUGUUUUACUUCAAAUUAUAUUUUUCUUUCAUGAGGACAUUAAACAAUAUACUACCUGGGUUAUAUUUAGAUUACUACCCCAGGGGAAUGUGUACUUAGGAGAAAACCACAAAUCCCUGAUAAUAAAGUACAUGGCCUAUGGGAAAGUUGUCCUUGCCCCUUGUCAUAAUUUACUUACCCAGUUGCCAAUUUGAAAUGUACAUACUAUUAGUGAUCCCAAUUUUAAAGCAGCUAUAACCUUUUUAUUGCUUGUCCGAUUUCUUUCAAACUUUCACCAUUCUAUCUAAUUUAUUUUUCUCCUUCCCAACAAAACAUUUUAUGGCCAAGGCUGGAUUCCCCUUUAACUCGUCAAAAAAUUACAAAUUUUCUUCUCACGAAGUGAGAUUCAUGUCACAGUUGUGCUCAUAAGUUAGAGAGCCCCUCCACAAAAUGCACUCCUAAAUGCUCCGUGUUGAAUGUAGACAACAACACUACAAUGUUUGGUGAGCCCAGAGAAACAAACUUCAUUGAAUGUAAUAUUUUAUCACAUGACUUAGCAAUUAAAUAUAAACAUGGCAGAAUGUGAACACUUAAAAUAUGUUCACUUUCUGGUUGGGUUCACAAACAUUUACUUUUGAGCACCACUGUAUACUGUCUCUUUUGUGUAUAUAGUCAGCAAUACUUCAAUUUUUUUGGACAAAAUUGGAAGUAAUCAACCAUCAGAGUAGGUUAAGUAAUAAUAAUAAUAAUAGUCCGCAUUUAUAUAGCGCUUAAUACAUCGGAACGACGUCUCUAAGCGCUUUACAGACAUAUUAUUACCCCGGUCAUCGGAUCCUUGCAUGCCCGCAUACAAUGUAUGCACAUUCUCCACUCCCUGGGGAGCAUUCCAACAAGAGUUCCAAGACUCAAUUGCUAGGCAUACAUGUACUACAUAUAGGCUUUCACAUCCUACCGGGUACCCAUUUAACACCUGGGUGAAGAGUGGCAAAGUGUGGAUUAACGCCUUGCCAAAGGACGCUAGGCCAUGUUGGGAUUCGAACACACGACCCUCUGAUUACAAGGCGAGAGUCAGAACCGCUACACCACGACGCUUAAACAUACUCAAGGAUUGACAUUGCCCGUUUCAAUGGUGUAACCGUUCCCUUGAUAUCAUAGGAUUUGGAACAUGAUGAUCAGGCUUGGAUUGGUGUGACGAUUAGGGGGUGUUUCACAAUUAAAGGUUUCAUUCUUAAUAAAACUUGCAUUUAUAUGCCCU